CUGGAAAAUAUAUCAUUCAUAAAGUUCUAUAUAUUCGAACCAUCCCACAAAUACCCCAAACUCCUAACCCCCUCCUCAAAACCAUGUACCAAAUCAUAUGUACAGUAGUACUAUAAAGGUCAGUCACCACCAUCUCAAAACUCCACUCCCGGCCACUCGAACCGACCAACACCAGCCUCAAAAAGGGACAGCCAUCAGUAUUUCAGAAUUUUAUCGCCAUCAGACAGUUUCUAGCUGCCCUCCGACUAGUUUGACAUAAUAUCUGGUUCAUCAUAUGCGCCGUCCCUCCCCGUCCCCAAACGUGAAAGCGAAAAAAACAACUUACUUACUGUUAUAGAUCCCUGCCCAUAGCUGCAACCCCCCAUCCACCCGCCCAACACCCUCUAGACGAGCAGCGACGCGCUUCGCCCCAUCUCCGGCUUCUCAGCAUCCCAAUUACCAAGCGACAACGCACCACUCCCAGUCCAGAAAUCGAGACUCAACGUCGUCGUCAUGGCGAUCCUAGUCGGCCGCUCCGUAACCACCGCCGCCGCAGCAAUAAACCCACUAUAAACGCCAUUAGCCCAAUUCCACACUCCCCAAAGCCGCAGCUGUUGGGAAGGAAAUAGAGGGAGGACUCACCAAGCAAUCCAGCCCACGAUGCAAGCCCCUGUAUUCGACACCAAAAUAGUACUGCUUAUUAACGACGAAGGCGCCGCCUAUGGACCCUGCGAUGCCAGCAACGAGGGCGAAAUUGACAGCGAGGUUGACGCCGCGCCGGCCGCGCCAGAGAGCGCCGCGCGGGGUGUGGACGAUGAAGACAAUGAGGAUGCGGAGGAAGGCGAGGGAAAUGAAAACGAGUGCUGGGACGGCGCGGAUGGCGCCCUUGGCGGCGAAUAGUGAGAGGGAGACGAUGAGGAGGAUGGCAGCGAUGAGGCGGAGGAUGGUGGUGGGGUAGAUGGUUAAAGUGAUCGGUAUGCUGUUGCCUAUAUAUUGAUAUCUGUUGUCGUCGAAACGGAGUGCGCUAGGAUCAGGCUAAUAUGCAUCCUUCACACGUGACUGUCGUGUUUCUGAAAUGGAAGCCCUGAUUUUGGAGUCGAUAUAUAACACGAGUAAGUUUUGAAAACGAGCUGUCGAUUGGUUGGGUUGUUAUGUCUUGCAGCACAGCAACAACCUUCCUCCUCGCGUUAGUGGUGGGAAGGGGGAGGAGAGCAUGACGGCGACGACUUUGAAGGAACGCAGGACAAAUUGAGACUCGAGAAAAUAAAGGAAAAUAAUAGCUAGACAAGGCAAUCGCCUUGGCAGCUUCACUGGCUAUAACAGCAAGAAACCGAGAAGAGAAAAUUGCUCAACUUGCGCGGAAUUGAUAACCCUUUCGCUCAGCUAUAAUUAUGAAAGGAAGAUGGUGCGAAGAAUCUUUGCCAAUAACCCUAUAUACCUCGGCGAGACGCACAAACCACCUCCAUCUCCCACCUCCACCUCCACCUCCAAACCCACUUCACCCCUUUCAACGCGUCAACCAGUCACCGUCCUCGCCCGCCCCCGCCGCCCCUCAUCUCCAUGGCCAUACUACUCCACGGCCAGACGAACACCCGUCAGACCGCGUCUUCACAGCAAUCUCCAGCCCAGCGAGAACAACCGAGCCCGGCACGCGACACCUCAGCCUCGCCGCCAAUCCUCCACAUCAACCUCCACCACCAACCACCACCAACCAACACCAAAAUGGCGACCCCACCGACCCCCUUUCCCGCCGCACCCUCACCACCACCGAAUCCGCCCACUUCCGGCGUCCCCGCCUCGCCUCUCUCCCCGAAUCCCCCCUCCGCGCCCACACUCCCCCGCCCGCUCCCCCUCCCCCUUGUCCGACCACCCUCCCGCCCCACGGCGUCGAAGCUCCUUAAUCUCCUUAAUCUCCAUCGACUCCCUCUCCUCGCUCUCCUCAGCGCGGCGGACGUUACAUUCCGACUCCGCCUCCCUCCUGCACCCGCCGCCGGUGGAUGCGCAUGAUGGGUUAUCGGCGUGGCAUAGUCUUCCGCUGGCGUUUGCGUUGUUGCCGGCGUUGGGGGGGUUGAUGUUUAAGGAUGGGAGUCGGUUUGUUAGUGAUGUGCUUUUGUUGGGGUUGGCGGCUGUGUUUUUGAAUUGGAGUGUGAGGUUGCCUUGGGACUGGUACCGCUCCGCCCAAGAAAUCCGCACCACCACCUCCCCCAGCCCCCCCCCACAAAAUCAGAUACUCCCCGCUCCCCCCAACACGCCCGCGAAAUAGCCACCUACACCUCCGCAACCAACGAACUCCGCACCCACGAGCUCCUCGCUCUCCUCUCCUGCGUGAUCCUCCCCCUCCUCUCCGCCGGGCUACUGCAUAUCCUGCGCAACUACCUGCGCGCUGGUGCAUCGGGGUUAGUUUCCGAUUUUAAUUUAGUCGCGUUCAUGCUCGCCGCCGAGAUCCGCCCGGUGGGUCAGUUAUUGCGGUUGGUGAGGGCGAGGACGCUCUGGCUCCAACGCGUCGUCAAGGUUGAUCCGCGCACCGGGGUGGAUGAGCGACAGGAUGGGGAAAUCGAAAUGCUGCGCCGCCGCGUGGAGGUUCUGGAACAGCAGCAGCAGCAGCAGCAGGGAUCCGCAGCGGGAGGAGAGGGCGAGGAAGAAGUCAUCGCCAGAGUGAGAGAGGAGGUCCGGAAAGCCACGAGACAGGAGGUCGAGGCGUUGAGUAGGGCGGUGAGGAGGUAUGAGAAAAGGGCAGCGGUUUUGGCGG